AUGAAUUUGUUCCUUGGUAAAUCACAAAUUUUUGCUGCCGUCGGUCUUGUAUUCACAAAGCUCCAAGUGCCUGGGACAAUUCGCAACAAAGUGGACUUCUUCUUUACGAAAAAUGGCGAAGCCGUGGCACUGGGUAUCUUGAGCGAUGACCAUGUCAAGAGCUUCAACGAUUACGCAUUCAUCGGUUUGCCCUACUUUUGUGCCUAUGAGGACCCCUUUGAUAUUCCGCUUGAGGAUAUGAACUUCGCCUCGCCUCUAUUCCCCUACACAGCCUACUCUGCUCAGGGUAUGCGUCGUCUUCAGCUGAUGUGUCUCUCGGACGCGGCACUGGAGUUCCUCAUCGCUCGUGAGGUGGCCAGUCUCUUAGGCUCUAGGACGUUGAUGGCGUGUGGGACUAGUGAGGUUGAACUUUCCUCCCCCUUCCUCCCGCCGCGCCUCGCGUCACGUGUCGCCUGUCUCUCCCUCGUAGUCAGCCUCUAUCUCGCCUACCAGGUGUGCUACGUGCUCAACCGCCUCCUUUGUCUAUCCAGCACCUGUUUGCGGCCUUUUCGUCUCCUCGGCUACGCCGGCAUCACCAUACUCAUGCUGCUCUGUCAACGCCAACUCAUCGUCUCAUGGCGACGCAAUGCCUCCCUGGCUCUCGAUGCAGCUGUCGCCAUGGCUGACCACGACAUUCUAAUCGGAGGCAUCGAAUACUACGGCUGGAAGCGUAACUGGAAUGCCUUUUGGAUGCGGAUACUUCCAUCUUCUCGCAGAGCUAUGGAGGUACUGCGCAAUGUUGUCAGAGCAGCUCUGAGCACCGACCUCCCCCCAGUCCUGAGGUAUCAGAUACAACGAGGCCUCAAGGAUUGCACCAUCCUCCAUCGGGAGCCUGCAAGUGAGCUUACUAAUAUUCUUGGUAGUGAUAGUGAUUAUUCUCGCCUUUCUUUUUCUUCUUGCUUUUCUUUUGUCAUCUCAGGCUAUUACUUCAUACCCGUGUCAAUAGACCGGUUAGACAAUAGUUCUCAGCCAUUCGAACUCCGACUGGAUGAUUGCAACCCUGCCUACCUGUCCAACUACCGUCUACCUGGCUACGAUGUUAACUCGCUGCAGGGCGAUGAGAAUUUCGCCUCGGAUGGUGAGACCCUCCUCUUCAACAUGGCUGGCCUCCUUGCCUUUGGUGUGCUGCCGCCGUGGCUGGCAUCGAUCUUCCAAAUGCUCUCCUUUCCUGCUACUUGCGCAAAACGCAAAGCAGCUCUGGAGGCUCUGUUGUGA